CAAAAAUUUAAUCUCUCUGUGUUUCCUCUUUUCUUUCUCUUCCUCUUUUUCUCCCUCUCUUCUCUCAUUAAUUGUCUCUUGUCUCCCCUCCUCCCCAGCUCCAUCGCGCAAACAUCCCUCAAAGCUCCUUACCUCUUCCCUACUGUUGACCGCCUUGACUCUCUCUCCACUUCUUUGAGCUUAAUAAUAUCGUUUCACCACUUCCAUCAUGGCUUCCGAGACCUUUGAGUUUCAGGCUGAGAUUUCUCAGCUUCUCUCCCUCAUUAUCAACACUGUCUACUCGAACAAGGAGAUCUUUCUUCGAGAAUUGAUCUCUAACUGUUCUGAUGCUCUUGACAAGAUCCGUUACGAGGCUCUCUCCGACCCAAGCAAGCUCGAUGCCAACAAGGAUCUCCGCAUCGAUAUCAUUCCUGACAAGGAAAGCAAGACACUCACCAUCCGCGAUACUGGUAUUGGUAUGACCAAGGCUGACCUUGUUAACAACCUUGGUACAAUUGCUCGAUCUGGCACCAAGCAAUUCGUGGAAGCACUCACUGCUGGUGCUGACAUUUCCAUGAUUGGUCAGUUCGGUGUCGGUUUCUAUUCUGCCUAUCUCGUUGCCGACAAAGUCACCGUCGUUUCCAAGCACAAUGACGACGAGCAGUACAUCUGGGAGUCCAGCGCCGGAGGCACUUUCACCCUGACUCAGGAUGUUGACGGUGAGCCUCUUGGCCGUGGAACCAAGAUCAUUCUCCACCUCAAGGAUGAGCAGACCGACUACCUUAACGAGAGCAGAAUCAAGGAAGUCGUUAAGAAGCACUCCGAAUUCAUCUCCUACCCUAUCUACCUUCAUGUCUUGAAGGAGACUGAGAAGGAAGUCCCAGAUGAGGACGAGGAAGAAACCAAGGCUGAGGAAGAUGACAAGAAGGAGGCCAAGAUCGAAGAACUUGACGAUGAAGAAGAGGAAAAGAAGGCCAAGAAAACCAAGAAGAUCAAGGAGUCUAAGAUUGAGGAGGAGGAACUUAACAAGACCAAGCCAAUCUGGACCCGUAACCCUGCCGACAUCACCCAGGAGGAAUACGGCUCUUUCUACAAGACUCUCUCCAACGAUUGGGAGGACCACCUUGCUGUCAAGCACUUCUCCGUCGAGGGUCAGCUUGAGUUCCGCGCUAUCCUCUUCGUUCCCAAGCGUGCUCCAUUCGAUCUCUUCGAGACUAAGAAGACCAAGAACAACAUCAAGCUCUAUGUCCGCCGCGUCUUCAUCACCGACGAUGCCACCGAUCUCAUUCCUGAGUGGCUCGGCUUCAUCAAGGGUGUUGUCGACUCUGAGGACCUUCCUCUCAACCUGUCUCGUGAGACCCUCCAGCAGAACAAGAUCAUGAAGGUCAUCAAGAAGAAUAUUGUUAAGAAGUCCCUCGAGUUGUUCAACGAAAUUGCCGAGGACCGUGAGCAGUUCGACAAGUUCUACAGUGCUUUCAGCAAGAACAUCAAGCUUGGUAUCCAUGAGGAUUCCCAGAACCGCCAAUCUCUUGCCAAGCUCCUUCGCUUCCACUCCACCAAGUCUGGUGAUGAGACCACUUCUCUCACUGACUACGUUACCCGCAUGCAGGAGCACCAGAAGCAGAUGUACUACAUCACUGGUGAAUCCCUCAAGGCUGUCCAGAAGUCCCCCUUCCUCGACUCCCUCAAGGAGAAGAACUUCGAGGUUUUGUUCCUGGUUGACCCCAUUGACGAAUAUGCCAUGACUCAGCUCAAGGAAUUCGAUGGCAAGAAACUCGUUGACAUCACCAAGGAUUUCGAGCUCGAGGAGACCGAGGAGGAGAAGAAGGCUCGCGAGGCUGAAGAGAAGGAAUACGAAGGCCUUGCCAAGGCUCUGAAGAACGUCUUGGGCGACAAGGUUGAGAAGGUCGUCGUUUCCCACAAGUUGAUCGGAUCUCCAUGCGCCAUCCGCACCGGCCAGUUCGGCUGGUCUGCUAACAUGGAGCGUAUCAUGAAGGCUCAGGCUCUCCGUGACACUUCCAUGAGUGCUUACAUGGCCUCCAAGAAGACUUUCGAAAUCUCUCCUCGCUCCCCCAUCAUCAAGGAAUUGAAGAAGAAGGUCGAGCAGGACGGUGAGAAUGACCGCACUGUCAAGUCUAUCACCCAGCUCCUCUACGAGACCUCUCUCCUCGUCUCCGGCUUCACCAUCGACGAACCCGCUGGCUUUGCCGAGCGCAUCCACAAGCUUGUUUCUCUUGGCUUGAACGUCGACGAGGAGGCCGAGACUUCCGAGGAGAAGGCUGAAGAAACCGCUGCCACUGAGGCUACCGGUGAGAGUACCAUGGAGGAGGUUGACUAAAUGCUUUCUAUGAGACGAUGAUGACUUCUCUUUUGUUUUUCUCUUUUCAAUUCGCGUCGUACCGAAAAUACAACGGGGGUUCGGGUUAAAAGCACGGCUAGCGGUUAAUGUCUUUUUGAAGUGAUGAAAUGUUUCUUACCCCCCAAUUCUGACGUUUUAAUGUACCAUGCCACAUGUAUGCUAUGUCAUUGCUAGGGAGGUGCUUCGAUAUGCCCUUUUUAGUUCAGACACCUGGUGCUUGCUCUUUCACUGAAUAGCCUGUUUCUUAUGCUUCAUAGGGAACUAGAUAGGUGUUAGAUGGCUCAAGCGGGUUCUGUUUAUUAUUUCUCAAAGCUAAUUCCACAAAUUGUAGUUGGUGUAGAUGACCUGUCAGUGUAACUUUAGGUCUUUAUCUUGACUCUACGUUCCCUCAU